AUGAUCUUCUCGAAAGUCGGCAGCCUGGUGCUCUUUGCUGGCCUUGCCACAGCCUCUCCUUCAUUCUUCACGCCAAAUACAACAGAAGGCCACGAAGCUCCUGCUCACGAACCCGCACAGCCAGUUCAUGAACCUGCUCAACCAGUCCAUGAACCAGUGCAACCAGAGCAUGAGCCAGCGCCACCGGCCCAUGAACCAGCUGCUGGCUGUGAGCCAAUACAGGUCACUGUUCACGAGAUCGUGACUGUUCACGUCACACUCCCUCCUGAGAUCCAGCACGUGACAGAGACGGUCCACGUCACAUUACACCCAGAGACCAUCCACGUGACAGAAACCGAGGUCAAGCACCAGAUUGAGACCAAGGUGGAAGAGGUGGUCGUCGAGAAGCCUAUCGAGAAGUUGGUCACCAUCAUCCACACUUCCGUUGUCAACAAUGAAGUGGAAAAGCCCGUCACUGUCAUCCACACGUCAGUGGUGAACCACGAAGUCGAGAAGCUUGUGACAGUCAUUCACACUUCUGUGGUUGAGAAAGAGAAGGAGGUCAAGGUCACUGAAACUUCAAUCGUCCACAAAGAAGUCGAAAAACCCGUCACUGUGGUUGAGACGUCGAUUGUUCACCAAGAGGUCGAGAAGCCAGUCACUGUGAUCCACACAUCCGUGGUGGAAGUCGAGAAGCCUGUUCAGGUCGUCCACACAGUCGAAGUUGAAAAGCCUGUCGAGGUGCCAGUGACAGUUAUCCACACCUCUGUCGUGGAGAAGCCUGUACAGGUUGUUCAUACAGUCGAAGUCGAGAAGCCGGUUGAAGUGGAAAAGCCAGUGACCGUCAUCCACACGUCCGUGGUCGAGGUCGAGAAACCUGUCCAAGUCGUCCACACUGUCGAGGUUGAGAAGCCUGUCGAGGUACCAGUGACAGUUAUCCACACAUCUGUCGUGGAGAAGCCUGUACAGGUUGUUCAUACUGUCGAAGUAGAGAAGCCAGUCGAGGUGGUUCAUACUGUCGAGGUUGAAAAGCCCGUUCAUGUUACCGUGGUUCACACCGUCACGGAGCACGGAGCCGCAGAGACGGUACACGUCACGGCUAUUCACACAGAGACAGUCCCUGCUGCUGAACAUGAAAUGCCGGCUGAGGAGGAACCGGUCCAUGAACCGGUGGUCGAGCAUCCUGGCCAGGCUGAACCUGCUCCUGAACAUGUCCCUGAGGCUAUGCCCGAACAUGAGCCCGAACCUAUGCCUGAGCACGAGCCUGAGCCCAUGCCUGAGCAUGAACCCCAACCCAUGCCCGAGCAUGAACCUGAGCCUGAAGCUAUGCCUGAGCAUGAACCCGCUCCUGUGCCGGAGCAUAAGAUGCAGCAGGAGGAGAGUCAUGAAAAGGCUGAACCUGAGCCCAUCCCAAUCGUGAUUGUCCCAGGGGGAGGAUGGAAGGCCAACGAGACCCUAGCACACAUCCCAGGUCGUCGUGCCGUUUUUAAGAGGUGGUGA